AUGAGUACACACCCAAUUAAAAAAUUUACAAGUGAAAAUGGGAAAGCUGUGAUUGGUUAUGAAGGUUAUGUUUAUACUUUAGAACGAAAAACUGAUGUUAAAUUGAUUUUUCGUUGUCAGAACAGAGAUUGCAAAGGUCGUUGCCAUACCAAUACCAAUUCGACUAUGGAUGUAAUUGUUUCUGCACCUACUGAACACUGCUACGCGUCAAAACCAGAUCUGGUUCCAGUACUGGAACUCAAAAAUAAAAUAAAAUUACGAGUCCCUGAAACCGAAGAAUCAUCAAGCACAAUUUUACAUUCUGCAAUGAGAUCUUUUCCUUUAGAUACCGCCGAUCAACUACCUGAAAGUGAAACACUUUUGAGAACUAGUCGUCGACAACAUGGUAAAGAAAUUGUUUCUUCUUUCUCAGCAUCCUUCAAAAAACAAGCACAAGACAUCAACCAGAAAGCCACAAAUCCUGAUCCUAAUUCUUUGGUGCAAUCGUCGAUAUGGGCUGGACAAAUAAGUCUUUCACAAGGUUCUUAUAAUGACGCCAUCGGUCAUUUUCAAUGCGCAUUAACUACUCAACAAAAGUAUUUAUUACCCAAUCAUCCGUCAAUUGCAUCAACAUACAAUCAUCUGGCUCGUGCCUAUUAUAAACAAAAGAAAUUUGCAGAGUCAAUCCCAUAUUAUCAAAAAGCAUUAAAAAUCGAGCAAAGUUCUUUAGCUGAAAAUCAUCCAACCAUCGCUCUGAGUUAUUACAAUAUGUCUACGGCAUAUGUUGGCAUGUUAAAAUAUAGCGAGGCAUUAGAAUGUGCACGAAAAGCAGAAGAACAACUUCAAAAACGAUCUGAUCCUGAUCCAACAUCACUUGGACGAUAUAAACGUCAAAUAGGACUUGUGCUUCAAAAUCAAGGAAACAAUAUGGAAGCAAUUCGUUAUUAUGAAGAAGGCUUGGCUUUAGCUCAUAUCGACACAGAUAAUGAUGAAGAAUCAUUAUCAAUCGCCUACUUUAAUCAAGGCGAUGUAUAUAUGAAAACGAAUAAAUUUACUGAGGCACUAUCUUCCUACCAGAAGACAUUAGAAAUUGAAUUGCGCACAUUACCGGAUGAUGCUCCCACAAUUGCUACGACUUAUGUAAAGAUGUCAGAAGUUAAUCUCAAACUGUCCAAGUAUAGCGAUGCAUUGAAAUAUGCGCAUGCUGCAGUUACACAACUUCGACUACAGUCGAAUCCUGAUCCAACCAAACUUAGUCAAUAUCUUUGUCAAGUUGGGCAUGUUCUUUAUAAGCAAGGCAAACCUUCUGAAGCUAUUCUUUAUUAUAAUGAAUGCAUAGCCAGUAUUAGUACAAUUGUUGGCCAUGAAGAUGAAUCAUUAGGUGGCAUUUAUUAUCGUUUAGCUGAAUGCCAUAGUGAACUAAAUCAUGAUGUUGAGGCAUUGUCUUUCUAUCAGAAAACGUUAGAUAUUGAACAGAAAUCUUGUGACGACGAUGAUCCAACGAUUGCUGUGACCUAUCAUAAAAUUUCCACUGUCUACAAAAAUAUGUCGAAACGUAAUGAAGCAUUAAAAUAUGCACACGAUGCAGUUAAUCAACUCCGAAAACGUCCGAACCCUGACGCAGUACAAUUUGGUCAAUAUCUUUACCAUGUAGGAACUAUUCUUCAAAUCCUUGGUAGACAUUCAGAAGCAAUUCGCUAUUAUCAAGAGGGUCUGACUGAAAUUCUUAAAGUGAAGAAUGAAGAUGACAAAUCAUUAGCACCUAUCUACUUCAAUAUAGCUCGUACUUAUGUGCAUCUCCAAAACUUUACUGAGGCAUUAUCUUGUCAACAGAAGACAUUGUCAAUUGAAUUGCGAACUUUGCCGGACAAUGCUGCAACAAUUGCUACGACAUAUCUUAGCAUAGCAUCGACAUUGACUGGCCUUCAACAAUACGACAAAGCUGCAGAAUUUUCUCAGAAAGGGAUCGACCAGCUGCUCAAGACACUUCCACCUGAUCAUGAAGAUGUACUAGAGCAAAAGUCAUACAUGGAAAAAAUACGAAAAAAACAGUUGAUCGCAAACAUCUUCAAAAAGUAG